AUGGUUGCAAUAUACACCUCCAUUAUUAAGGCCCACCUCAAUGCUGGGAAGACCAAGGGAGCUCUCGAGGCCUACCGUGGCAUGUUAGCUGCUGGGGUUGCCCCCAACUCUUACACUUACACUGUUUUAAUCAAGGGACUCACUACUGACCCCAACUUUUUUGAAGAUGCCAAGAAGUGCUUGCUUGAGAUGAUGGACAAGGGGAAGCGGCCCAAUGUUGCUACUUAUACUGCGGUGAUAGAGGCCUUUGCAAGGCAGGAGGACAAGGCAGCUGAGGAGGAGGGCAAAGACUUGGUGUGGGUGAUGAUGAGUAAGGGGUUUGUGCCUAAUGCAAAAGCAAUGAGGGAGGUUCUAAAAGAAUGUACGGCCAACAAAUGUAAUAAGAAGGGUCAUGAAUAUUGUACUUUCCAAGUUGAAAGGCUGAUGUUGUGCUUAAUCAGUGUUACGCCAGCAGCUUCAGGAUUAGGAGGUUUGAUAUAUGCGAGAGCUAGUGAGGAUAGAAAAUCAUAG